AUGGGGAGGAAGACAAAGAGAAAACUGCUUAACCUAAUCCUGCUGAAUGUUCCCGGAUUGGGCCAUGCCCAAGAACGCUUUUCACCCCCCUGCAGCCCAUUAGACAAUCUAUCUCAGCCCAAAAGGAAAGUUUUUGGUAGAAGCCCAACUUUCAUAAGGCCCAGGUCUGUUCUUUCUUUUUUCUUGGCAAAACAAUUUUUGACGAGCUCUUACUCGAUAAAAGAGGGUAGUGGACGCCUUCUUAGUUAUGUAGUGAGAGAGUUAGGUUGGUCUUGUCUUUUCUUUUCACAAAACCUGGUGAUUUCAAACCUCUACGCCUUCACGCUUAAUCAUCCCCUCUCAAUCAUAAGGGGCUAUGCAUCUCAACUCUCUCGACCAUUAUUGGAGAAACGGCCUUGGUAUGUGCAACUUAACUCUUUCUCAAGCCUUUUUACUUCAAUAAUCGAUGGUCAUGUUUCGGUUGGCCAUGGACACCAAUCUACCUUCGCAUCGUUCAUUUGGUUAUGGCCUUGUGAUUAUCUAUGGCGUUUCCCACAAACCUUCUUCACCCUUUGGCCAUUAUUUCCAUCGAAAUCCUCUUUGGAACUUUUCAAAAGCUCUUAUGCGUCAACCGCACGAGCCUUCAUUGACCACCAGCUGGUCCGGGAAUUCUCGAAGCUCGUCUUCAAGCAUGAUUCCCUUUUGGCUUCAACAGAUUCUCCAAGUCUUGCAAGCUUCUCAAAGUCGAACACCACUUUGAAAAACUCAUGGAGCCCUUAUCUUUAUGUUCCUUGUAAUUUUGUAUGA